AUGUCUGUGGAGAUCACACCCUCGAAGCAGGCUGCUUCUGCCAUUGAAUCUCUCAAGAUGGAGUCUCCUGUCAAGAAGCUCGACCUCGGCAUUGCCAACAAGGAGAAUGACUUCCAAGACCCUGCUGUCGCCACCCUGGCCCAGGACCUCGACGCGAAGCAUGCUGCAACUAAGGAAAUUAUCAAGGCACCAGAGGAGCCAGCAAAGAUUCCAGACCUCCGUCAAGAUGAGCUUGAGGAGCCAAUCCUCAAGGAAAACCCCCAGCGCUUCGUCCUGUUCCCCAUUCAAUACCAUGAGAUCUGGCAAAUGUACAAGAAGCACGAGGCUUCUUUCUGGACUGCCGAGGAGAUUGAUCUCUCCAAGGACAUGCACGACUGGAGCAACCGCCUGACCGACGACGAGAGAUUCUUCGUCUCCCACAUCCUCGCCUUCUUUGCUGCUUCGGAUGGAAUCGUCAAUGAGAACCUGGUGGAGCGCUUCAGCUCUGAGGUCCAGAUCCCCGAGGCUCGUUGCUUCUACGGCUUCCAAAUCAUGAUGGAGAACAUCCACUCCGAGACAUACUCCCUGCUCAUCGACACCUAUAUUAAGGAGCCUGCCCAGCGCACCUACCUUCUCAACGCAAUUGAGACGAUUCCCUGCAUCCGCAAGAAGGCCGACUGGGCUUUGAAGUGGAUCCAGGACCGCGAGUCCACUUAUGCCCAGCGACUGGUUGCCUUUGCUGCCGUCGAGGGUAUCUUCUUCAGUGGCGCAUUCGCCUCUAUCUUCUGGCUCAAGAAGCGUGGUCUCAUGCCGGGCCUGACCUUCUCCAACGAGCUGAUCUCUCGUGACGAGGGCCUGCACACAGACUUCGCCUGUCUGCUGUUUUCGCACCUCAAGAACCGUCCCAGCAAGCAGCGCGUCCAAGAUAUCAUCACGGAGGCUGUGACCAUCGAGAAGGAGUUCUUGACCGAGGCGCUGCCUUGCGCCCUCCUCGGCAUGAACUCCAACCUGAUGAAGCAGUACAUCGAGUUCGUCGCUGACCGUCUUCUGGUCGCUCUGGGCAACGAGAAGGUUUACAAGUCGACCAACCCCUUCGACUUCAUGGAGAACAUCUCCCUCGGUGGCAAGACCAACUUCUUCGAGAAGCGUGUCGGUGACUACCAGAAGGCCGGCGUCAUGGCUAGUACCAAGAAGCCCGUCCCUGCCGACGACUCCGGCUCAGCUGAGGAGAAGGGUGAGAACGGCGGAGACUUCACCUUCGACGAAGACUUCUGA